UUUACAAUAAUAAUCACAAUAGAAAUCAGUUUCAUAAAAUAUUUAGAAAUUUGAGUUAUUUAAUUUUUCAUUAAAAUGGGUAAAAAGAAAAAUAAGAAUAAAGUUAGUGGCGCUGUUAAAACCGCAGCUAAAACUGAAAAAAAGCUAGCUAGCAAAUUAAAAAAAGAACUCGCAAAUCUUGGUGAGGAAGAUAUAGCUAAAGUGAUAGCUGAGAUAGAACGGGAGGAAGCUAAACGAUCUGCUGCAUCAGAGAAGGUCCUCGAAAAGCCACCAUCCUCCAGAGCGUACGCAACGCUCACCCCACAUCCAAUCAAUAAUGAGCUUGUGCUGUUUGGUGGAGAAUACCACAACGGACAAAAGACAGAAACAUACAACGAUUUAUUUAUAUAUAACACAGUGAGUAAUGUUUGGAGGCAACUGAAAGCACCCGGUGCCCCGCCUCCGCGUAGUGCCCAUCAAGCUGUCUCCACCCCUGCUAACAAAGGUGAGCUUUGGAUAUUUGGAGGAGAAUUCACGAGUCCAUCAGAAACACAAUUUUAUCAUUAUAAAGAUUUGUGGUGCUUCUCAUUUGCCGAGAGAAAAUGGGAAAAGGUGGUAGCACCCAAUGGUCCUUCACCUCGCUCAGGUCACAGGAUGGCACUUCUGAGUCGAAAGUUAUAUGUCUUCGGAGGAUAUUGCGAUGACGGACGGGACUGUCGCUAUUUCGAUGAUCUGUACACCUUCUGUCUGGACACGAGGACCUGGAGUAAAGUGACUGUGACUGGCCGAGGACCCAGCCCGAGGUCGGCCUGUGUUAUGCUACCUUGCGGGAAUGAUUCGUUGCUGGUGUACGGAGGUUUCUCCAGAGUCCGAGACGGUAAGACGGAGCGCGCCUGUACGCACGGCGAUAUGUUCCGUCUCAGCACGAAGCAGGGGGGAGCCCUAACGUGGCGCUCCGUGUCCGUCAGCGGAGCCCCGCCGCCCCGGGCCGGAGUCGCGGGUGCCGCCAACGUCGUGGCUGAUAGGGCUUAUGUUUUCGGCGGAGUCAGUGACGUGGAAGAAACCGAUGAAGAGCUCCGUGGGGAGAUGAGCGAUGACCUCCUACUGCUGGAGCUCGAUACCGCGCGAUGGCAUCACGUUACCCUUAAGACUGAACGGCAGACCAGGCGGGACGCUGAAGACCCUGGGAGCGUGGACAUGGAGGAAGGUGAACAGAAGGAACCUAUGACAGUAGUCACAGAUGAGGUGUUCACGAUGAAGUUGGGUGCUGCUCCGACCCCCAACAGUCUCCCCCAUUCUGCCGCGAACGAGGAGUCUCCCCCCCGCAGCGGUCCCGGCCCGAGGAUGUCUGCCAUGUUGGUGGUGCACCGCUCCAUCCUCUAUGUCUACGGAGGAGUUCUGGAGAAAGACGAGAAACAGUUCUAUUUGGGAGACAUGUAUAGUUUAGAUCUACACAAAUUGAACGAAUGGAAAACUAUGAUACGACAGCCCGCGUUGCCGGAUUGGCUCGGAUCUGAUUCGGAAUCUGAAUCGGACGGAUCGGAUUCAGAGACCGAGAGCGAUGAAUCUGAUUGAAAUUUUAUGUAAAUUAGUAUUAUGUAUAAU